UUGCCAUGGAAGGUCCGGUGGCAGGAUCUUAAGGACCUAUUUCGCAGAGCUGGUACUGUCCUCCGCGCGGAUGUUAGCCUGGGUCCAGACAGUAGAAGCAGAGGAUACGGGGCCGUCCUUCUCGCGAGCGCAGAAGAUGCCGCAAAGGCUAUUGAGAUGUAUAAUGGAUAUUCGUGGCACGCAAGGACGCUAGAAGUCAGGGCGGAUCGAAUUCCUCCUGAUUUAGACUUAUCCAACCCCAUGAACACCUUGACUAACCUAGGAUUGCCAGCUCCUCCACCUAUGGGUAUGCGAAGUACUUCUCUCUCUCCCCAACUGAACAUUUCGUCUAAUGCUCAAGGGAGAAAUUUAUUCGUUGGGAACCUUCCAUUCCAAUGUCAGUGGCAGGAUUUAAAAGAUCUGUUCCGUUCGGCUGGCCAAAUAGUGCGGGCGGACGUAGCUUUAGGUGCUGAUGGACGCUCAAGAGGAUUUGGGACGGUGCUAUUUGCAAACGAUGCUGAUGCGAAUACUGCUGUGGCUAUGUUCAAUGGUUAUGAGUAUAAUGGAAGGACGCUGAAGGUUCACCAUGACCGA